UAUACGCAAAGUUCCUAUGAAAUGUGGUUUCGUUUUGAAAUACACACUGACAAUAAUUAAUAUUACCUAUUUUUAGCAAAUUAUGAAUACAAGUUAUUCAUUCAUAAAUGCAAUUUAUUUCAAUAUAUUUACAUAUAUUUUCAGUUUGCUAAAUAUUGGGAAAAAAAUGUCAUCUUAACCCCAAGUAAGAUUAUUGUCGCAUUGUCGGUAUCUAAAACGUGGUUCAUUCGAUUUUCAAAUCUAAUUAUCGUAGUAAAUGGAAACUCAAUAGUUGUAAUAAACGGAAGAAUGUUUAGUUGUUCGAUGUUUUCUUAGUAUAUCUGAUAAGAUUAUCUUAUUAUGAUAAGGUGUACAAUGUUACAAUCGUAAGUACUUGAGACAAAGAGGUUGACAUUUUACGUGUGACAAUUUUUAUUCUUAAUUGAACUGAAAUAAUUUAGAAGAACUGCUCAGGAACACCAAUAUGGCACAAAAGAGUAAUGCAAUUAAAUUAACUAAGCUUCGCCAGUUAAUGGAAGCUGUUCAAGUAGGUGGUAUUAAAGGGAAAGGUAUUCAGGCUUUGAUCAUAAAUUCAAAUGAUGCUCAUCAAUCUGAAUAUUUGAGGGAACGAGACAAAAGAGUUCAAUUUAUUAGUGGUUUUAGCGGUUCUUUUGGAACUGCAAUUAUUACACCAAAUAAAGCUUUGCUUUGGACAGAUGGAAGAUAUUAUGUGCAAGCUUUGGCAGAGUUUGAUCCACAAGGGGCGUGGACACUUAUGAGAGAAGGUUUAUUAGACACUCCAACAAGAGCUGCAUGGUUGGUUUCUAAUUUACCACCUAAAUCCACUGUUGGUGCAGAUUCUAAUUUAAUGAGUUAUACAGAAUGGGCUGUCUUGCACACUAGUUUAAAUGCUGCUGGCCACUGUUUGAUGCCGCUUGAAGAAAAUUUAAUCGAUAAAGUUUGGGGCACAGAACAACCUCUUGCUACGGGUAAUAUUAUUUUACCACACCCAUUGCAGUUUUCAGGAUGUACUGUAAAAGAAAAAGUAAGGCUUUGCAGAAAAGAAAUGAACAAGAAUAAAGCAAAAGCACUUGUGGUCACAGCUUUGGAUGAAGUAGCAUACAUUUUGAAUUUAAGGGGAUCCGAUAUACCUUAUAAUCCUGUUUUCUUUGCUUAUGUCAUUCUUACAUUAGAUGAUUUACAUUUGUUUAUCGAUAAGAGCAGAUUAAGCGAGGAAGCACAACAGCAGUUAACAGGGGAAGGGGUAAAUAUAGUUUAUCACUCGUACGAAGAUGUACACACAUUUUUGAAGCAAACUGCAAGUUCAUGUACUAAUAAUGAAAAAAUAUGGAUAAGCAAUGGUUCCAGCUAUGCUUUACAUACUGAUUGUGGGGAAGCAAAAAAACACACUGCUAUCACAUUGAUAAACGUUAUGAAAGCUAUAAAAAAUAAUGUUGAAAUAGAAGGGAUGAAGGCAGCACAUAUACGAGAUGCAGUGGCACUUGUAAAAUAUUUUGCUUGGUUGGAAAAUCAAAUCAAGAGUAACAAAGAAAUUGUUACGGAAGUGUCGGGAGCGACGCAACUUGAAAAAUUUAGGCAGGAACAGGAACAUUUCGUCGGUCUCAGUUUUCCAACGAUAUCUUCUGUUGGGCCUCAUGGAGCAAUAAUUCAUUACCUACCAACAUCAAAGACAGAUGUACCAAUUACAAGCAAAGAACUUUAUCUUUGCGAUUCUGGUGCUCAAUACAAAGAUGGAACUACCGACGUUACUAGGACAUUGCAUUUUGGUAAUCCAACAGAUUUUGAGCGUGAAUGUUUCACAAGGGUAUUCAAGGGCCAGUGUCAUCUUUCAUCUGCUAUUUUUCCUUUAAUGAUACAAGGAAAUUAUCUUGAUACGCUUGCUCGUGAAAAUUUAUGGAGCAUUGGCCUUAAUUAUCUUCAUGGUACUGGACACGGAGUAGGUUCGUACCUAAAUGUUCACGAAGAUCCUAUUGGUAUUUCUUGGAGACCAUAUCCAGAUGAUCCAGGUUUACAGCCUGGGAUGUUUCUUUCAAAUGAACCGGGAUACUACGAAGACGAAAAAUUUGGCAUUAGACUCGAAAACAUAGAAUUGGUAGUAAAGGCAAAUACUCGUUAUAAUCACAAGAAUCGUGGUUUUCUUACUUUUGAAACUGUUACACUGGUCCCUAUACAGACCAAAUUACUUGAUGUUUCUUUAUUAACAGAGAACGAGAUCGAAUAUUUGAAUAAUUACCAUGCAAGGUGUUUAAAUGUUUUGAGUCCGUUGUUACAGGGUUCAGAAAAUGCAGAAGCACUCCACUGGUUGGAAAAAGAAACUCGACCAAUUUCAAAAUAACAAUUAAUUUGAAAACCUAAAUCCUCCAAAAACACUAAAUUUUUAUUUUUUACAAUAACAAUACGUAAUAAACUGUUUAUACAAUUA